CUGACACUGACCGUACAACUUUCUUUCUUUCUAUCUUCGUCAAGAAUCUUUAUACCGAAUCAAAUAAUAUUCCGGCGAGAAACACAACAAUGGACAACUCAGCUCCAGAUUCUCUCCCUAGAUCCGAAACCGCCGUCACCUACGACUCCCCCUACCCUCUCUACGCGAUGUCCUUCUCCUCCUCCUCCACCCACCGCAUCGCCGUCGGAAGCUUCCUCGAAGACUACAACAACCGCAUCGACAUCCUCUCCUUCGAUCCCGACUCCUUAACCGUCAACCCCCUCCGCAGCCUCUCCUUCGACCACCCUUACCCUCCCACCAAGCUAAUGUUCAGCCCCCCCUCCCUCCUCCGCCGCUCCGGCGACCUCCUCGCCUCCUCCGGCGACUUCCUCCGCCUCUGGGAGAUCAACGAGGACUCCCCCGUCUCCGAGCCCCUCUCGAUCCUCAACAACAGCAAGACGAGCGAGUUCUGCGCGCCGUUGACCUCCUUCGACUGGAACGACGUCGAGCCGAAGCGGUUAGGCACGUGCAGCAUCGACACCACGUGCACGAUCUGGGACGUUGAGAAGUCCGUCGUCGAGACGCAGCUCAUCGCGCACGACAAAGAGGUCCACGACAUCGCCUGGGGUGAGGCUAGGGUUUUCGCCUCCGUCUCGGCCGACGGAUCCGUUAGGAUAUUCGAUCUGCGCGAUAAGGAGCAUUCGACGAUCAUCUACGAGAGUCCUCAGCCCGAUACGCCUCUUUUAAGGCUCGCGUGGAACAAGCAGGAUUUGAGGUAUAUGGCGACGAUUCUGAUGGAUUCGAAUAAGGUUGUGAUUCUUGACAUUCGGUCGCCGACGAUGCCUGUUGCUGAGCUGGAACGGCACGAGGGGAGUGUGAAUGCGAUUGCGUGGGCGCCGCAGAGUUGUAAGCAUUUAUGCUCGGGUGGGGAUGACACGCAGGCGCUUAUUUGGGAGUUGCCGACGGUUGCUGGACCUAAUGGGAUUGAUCCGAUGUCGGUUUACUCGGCCGGUUCGGAGAUUAAUCAGUUGCAGUGGUCUUCUGCGUUGCCUGAUUGGAUUGGGAUUGCUUUUGCUAAUAAAAUGCAGCUACUUAGGGUUUGAGGUUUGUGUGAACUGAAUGAUGAUGUUUCACUUGUUUAUUGACUAGAUGGAGAUGGGAAGUGAUCAGAAUCGGAGAUAGCAUAGACCCUUGUUCCCAGUAAGGUGCGUAAGAUUAGUACGGUUUGGUUGGUGCAUGAGCACUAUGGUUUCUUUGAUCCGCAAUGCCUUUCUGCAUCUAUCUUAUUGUAACUAAAGACUUAAUUCAUUUGAUCUACCAAAUUGCCGACUGCUUUAUCCCUAUUUGUGUAUAAACCCCAAUAUUAUUGCGGUAUCUGAUGUUUAGAUUUGUAAUUGGGAGCUUUAGUACAACGCACCCUAUCUUAUUUUGUUUGAAUGUUUUGUGUAGAGUAAAGUGGCCUCUACUAGUCAUGGGUCUGACAGAUGAUAGUGCACACCAUUUGAAAGUACAUAUUUGAAUACAAAGAUAUUUAUAAAAGUGAGACAUUUAAGGUUUGU